CGAAAUUGCCCAUGAUAUCCUUCAUCAUUCCUCCUAUAUUAAUCAGCGACAUCUCUCGCUUUUGUCAUCGAACCUUCAUGUCGUCCGAUAUCUAACAGAGAAAGAAGAGAGAAAAUGUUGGGAAUAUUUAGUGUAGCUAUAGUAUCGUUGCCGGAAGAGCUGGUGGCCGCCGGCAGCCGAACUCCGUCGCCGAAGACAACAGGAGCGGCUCUAGUCAACAAGUUCGUCGAGAAAAACACAUCCUCCGUGUCCGUACAAGUCGGAGACUAUGUGCAGCUUGCGUACAGCCACCACAAAGAGAGUCCUCUGCGUCCGAGCCACCACAAAGAGAGUCCUCUGCGUCCGAGGUCAUUUGGGGCUAAGGAUGAGAUAUUCUGCCUGUUCCAAGGCUCACUUGACAACUUAGGAAGCUUGAAGCAGCAAUACGGGCUUGCAAAGAAUGCAAAUGACGUUCUUUUGGUCAUUGAGGCUUACAAGACUCUCCGUGACAGAGCUCCUUACCCUGCCAACCAUGUUGUGGCUCACCUAAGUGGCGACUUCGCCUUUGUGGUCUUCGAUAAAUCAACCUCCACACUCUUUGUAGCUUCUGACCAGGAAGGUAAGGUUCCAUUGUAUUGGGGGAUAACAGCUGAUGGGUAUGUGGCAUUUGCUGAUGAUGUUGAGUUGCUGAAAGGUGCUUGUGGCAAGUCUCUUGCUUCUUUCCCUCAAGGCUGUUUCUACUCGACUGCGGUAGGUGGACUAAGGAGCUUUGAGAACCCUAAGAACAAGAUCACCGCCAUUCCAGCUAAAGAGGAAGAAAUUUGGGGAGCCACCUUCAAGGUGAUUGAUUCUUCAAGUGGAAGGAGCAACAGUUCUUGCAGACUGAGAAUGGAGAACGGGGAAAAAAAAUUCAAGACCCAUCUUUCUUAAUCUUGAAACUCUUCAACAGCAAAAUGAAAAUAAUCAUGUAGAGAGAAACAAGGUGUUCUAUGAGUUGUUUAAGCUAUCAUGGUGUGUUGUGUUGCAUCUCUCUCUGUACAGCCCGUGUCUGUCUUCGUUUCAAUAAGUUGUGUCUCAAACUCCCAAAUUCUACCUUCUCUUGAUUAUUUUUCUCUUGUUCAUCAAUUGUCUAUCAAUCUAUCUACACCCUCAAACAUGUAUUCAUUAGAA